GUUUUGCUUAGGUGAUCACAACCAUAAUAGCACUGCUGUUCCAACGGAGCAGCCACGGGAGGAUUUACAGCCAAUAUGAGGCGCUAAGCAUGGAGCAACUACGUCGAGCCAACAAGCCCAUCUUGGCCGAAGUACGCCAACUUUUUGAUGCUGGUAUUUACCAGUUUGCGGCCUUUCUGGCUGCUGUUGCCCUUGGUUCCAUUGGAUACUUGCCAUUGAAUGAGUUCGACUAUGAACACAACGUAUGGCCGGCCAUCCAAGCCUUGAAGCUGAUCGAAGACGGUCCAAAGGCAGUAAUCUACACCAUAGCGACACUAAAUUACCUAGUCAUGCCAGGAAAAGGGUGCAUUUUACUGCUUUAUGGGCUGCACAUUAUGCAUUUGUGCUCCUUGUACUGCGUCUCCAGCAUUUUGCUCAGAGGCAAGCUGAAGGGAAUAGCGGUCAACCGUCCAGCUGCAGCUGAUCUCAUGCUGAGCGAUCAGGAGUGGGUGACGCAAGAACUGAAGAGCUGCAUCAAGCAGGAUGUACGCCUCAAGACGUUUUGCUCCGCAAUAAUUGAUCACUUUAAGUGGAUUUUGCUGUUCCAUGUUGCCCUCGCUGUGAUUAUUCUGAGUCUUUUGUAUUACAUCAAUCUGUUCCUUAACGGCGGGUACAGUCCGCUUGGAAGCCGCUGCUUUGUUGCCAUAGCUAAUAUUCUUUCAUUCACGUACAGCUACAAUUCAGAGAAUUUCCGGGAGCAGGUGGAGAAUAUCAGACAAGAAAUCUGUAAUCUGCCCUGGUACAGUUUCAACAAGUGUAACCAGAAGUUGGUUCAUGUUUUCCUCAGCAACAUGUUACAGCCUCGCUAUCUGUCAGUUGGAGGCCUAUUUGAUGCCAACCAUGAGUUUCUUGUGUUGGUGAUGCACAAGGUGUUCAAUGUCCUGACUAUAUUGUCGAACUUGGACCCAGACCGAGCGGGAAACUAAUAGUGUGAAAAUGUUCAGAAAAACGGCACUUUGUUGAAAGUAAUAUAAUCAAUCGC